AUGCGUCUCAACUAUCCCGUGAUCUUCCCUCUCAACCAACUUACCUAUGUUGGCGAGGAUGACUCUCAAUUCUUUUGUCAAAUACAUGGCAGGAGAUUCAAUACCCUCAGUUCGAGGUAUAUGCUACCCGCCGAUGAGGAAGAAGUUAGGCGAUCAGAACUUCAACACAAGACGAUACAAUUUCUCUUCAAUGGAAAGAAUUAUGUUGGCCCCGUCGCUGACAUACUGAAACCGAAGGAGGGACAGGAGCGUUGCCGUGUUCUUGACCUGGGCACGGGAGGCGGUUUCUGGAAUAUACAAUCGCAUUACAGGGCUAUCGACCUAGCAGACGAAUUUCCUUCAGCAGAAGUGAUAGGUGUCGACCUCGCUCCCAUUCAACCACGUGAAGUACCUGCCAACUGCACGUUUGAGCUCUGUGAUCUAGAUCAGUUUUAUCUACCUUACCCGAGCGAGCACUUCGACGUUAUCCAUGCAAGAUUCAUGCAUACAGGAAUAGAGAAUUAUCCUCGAUUUCUCCAUGAAAUCGCACGGAUGCUUCGCCCAGGUGGACUCGUCAUACUGAUUGAGCCCGACACUGAACCAAUUGCGGAUGAGAAAUCCGCGUCACAUUUCACCCGCUCCGGACAGCCGUCUGGAAUGCGUGGCUGGUUCACACUGUGGGAGAACUACAGGAGGUGCCUGCGUAAUAAAGGCAUUGACGUUAAUAUUCCUCCAGAGCUCUCCAAUCUCGUUGCAUCGACUGGUGCGUUCGAUAGGAUUGUCUCGCAGGAAGGAAAUAUCCCAAUAGGGUUCUGGCCAAAGGAUCCUGUCGCUCUCAGUAUCGGUCAGCUAGCGUGGAUGAACUAUGACAUCAUGCUACCUGCGAUGAAGCCUCUUUUCUUGUCUGCUGGGAUGCGGGACUGGGAAGCAAGGAAAUUGAUCGAAGAAGCCCAUCAAGAUCUGUAUUACCCUCUCGUCCGAGCUUCCUCGCGCCUCCAUAUUGUGCAUGCAGUCAAGAAGGCUAAACAUCCUUGA